AUGGGGCAGGACCUGUGGGUCCUUGCCGAGGGCAUGAUGGAGAGGGUUGGUACCCGGGGAUCACCAACAUCUCCCGCUGAGCGUGGGGGCUCUGCCCACGGGAUGGGCAGGGGUACAGGCACUUCCCGCCCGCGGGCGCUGCCACCUCUGCCCUGCUCCCCUGUCCCUCAAGUCCAGCACUACGGGAUCUCCCGGGAGGACAUCACCUUGGGCAGGAUCCUCGGGGAAGGCUUCUUUGGAGAGGUCUACGAGGGGAUCUACACCACCCCGAAAGGGGAGCGGGUCAACGUGGCGGUGAAGACCUGCAAGAAGGACUGCAGCCCGGAGAACAAGGACAAGUUCCUGAGCGAAGCNGUGCUGAUGAAGAAGCUGGACCACCCCCAUAUCGUGAAGCUCAUCGGCAUCGCGGAAGAGGAACCCACCUGGAUCAUCAUGGAGCUCUAUCCCUAUGGAGAGCUGGGGCAAUACCUGGAGCAGAACAAGCACUGCCUCCCCGUGCCCACGCUCAUCCUCUACGCGCUGCAGAUCAGCAAAGCCCUCGCCUACCUGGAGGCCAUCAACUGUGUGCACAGGGAUAUUGCCGUGAGGAACAUCCUGGUGGCCUCCCCAGAGUGCGUGAAGCUGGGCGACUUCGGGCUCUCCAGGUACAUUGAGGACGAGGAGUACUAUAAAGGUAAGAGUCCCCAAAAACCCGAGCGAGGGGCUGGUCCCCCAGCUCUAGCAUGGGUUGAGGUUGCUCCUGUCGCUCCCGCAGCCGUGUGCAUGUGGGAGAUCCUGAGCUACGGCAAGCAGCCCUUCUUCUGGCUGGAGAACAAGGACGUGAUCGGGGUGCUGGAGAGGGGCGACCGCCUGCCCAAGCCCGACCUCUGCCCACCCAUCCUCUACACCCUCAUGACGCGCUGCUGGGACUACGACCCCAGCGAAAGGCCCAAGUUCAAGGACUUGGUUUGCAGCUUGAGUGACAUUUACCUGAUGGAGAAGGAGUUGGCCAAGGAGCAGGAGAGGAACAAUCGCCACCGGCCUCCCAAAAUCAUGGAGCCGCCAUCCUUCCAGGAGCCACCUCCGAAGCCCAGCAGACCCAGGUACAAGCCACCACCCCAGAGCAACCUCCUGGCUCCCAAGCUGCAGUUCCAGGAGGAAGAUUUCCUCCGUCCCAGCAGCAGGGAGGAGGCACAGAAGCUCUGGGAGAUCGAGAGGCUGAAGAUGCGGCAGGGCUCUGGCUCCUGUGCCGAAAUCGGGGAGGAAGAUUUCCUCCGUCCCAGCAGCAGGGAGGAGGCACAGAAGCUCUGGGAGAUCGAGAGGCUGAAGAUGCGGCAGGGGCGGGGGCAGGCUUCUCCCCCUUUGCAGGACCCGACGGUGUUCAUGAACAGCAACGCUCCCCCGCUGCUCCCGGAGAAGGAGACGGAUUACAGUGAGUGCCCACAGCUGCCCGGGGUGCGGGGCUGCCUGCGGCCCCCACCCAGAAGCACCCGCUUUGGGGAUCAGUCCAUCCACCCGGCCCCCACCGCCAACCUGGACCGCACCGAUGACACGGUGUACAGCAACGUCAUGGACCUGGUGCGGGCCGUGCUGCAGCUGAAGAAUGAGAUCAGCCUCCUGCCCCCGGAGGGGUACAUCCUCGUGGUGAAGAACGUGGGCCUGUCCCUGCGGAAGCUGAUCGGCAGCGUCGACGAGAUCCUGCCUGUCCUGCCCGCUGCCUCCCGCACCGAGAUCGAGGGGACCCAGAAGCUGCUCAACAAGGACUUGGCCGAUCUCAUCAACAAGAUGCGCCUGGCGCAGCAGAACGCCGUCACCUCGCUGAGCGAGGAGUGCAAGCGGCAGAUGCUGACGGCCUCCCACACCCUGGCCGUGGAUGCCAAGAACCUCCUGGAUGCCGUGGACCAAGCCAAGGUCCAGGCCAACCUGGUGAAGCUGUGCUUGGAGUGA